AAGCUCAGCUCAGCUUCCCAGUCACCACCACCCCUGAGCCUCUCUCCCUAUUUAAGCACGCCCAGUCCAACGCCCCCAAACCACCAACACACUUGCAGCAACAACAGCAGGAGCAGCAGCAGCUAGCAGCAACAGAAACACCUUCUUCUUCUCUCAGCCUAGCUCAGUUAGUGAUCCGAUCACCAAGGAACCAAGCCAAGAAUCCUAGCCAAGAAACAUAGCAAGAAACUAACCAGCCAUGGUGCUUCUCCCCACCGAUCGCAUGGACAGCCUCUUCUCCCCGCGCUGCGUGUGGGUAAACGGCCCCAUCAUCGUCGGCGCCGGGCCCUCGGGUCUCGCGGUGGCGGCGUGCCUGCGCGAGCAGGGCGUCCCAUACGUGGUGCUGGAGCGCGCCGACUGCAUCGCCUCGCUGUGGGUAAAGCGCACCUACGACCGCCUCAAGCUGCACCUACCCAAGCAGUUCUGCGAGCUCCCGCGGAUGCCCUUCCCCGAGCACUACCCGGAGUACCCCACCCGCCGCCAGUUCAUCGACUACCUCGAGGCCUACGCCGCCAAGUUCGAGAUCAAGCCGGAGUUCAACAGCACCGUGCUGUCGGCCCGCUACGACGAGACCUCGGGCCUCUGGCGCGUGCGCACAGCCGUCCCCGGCGCUGGGGAGAUGGAGUAUAUCGGGCUCUGGCUCGUCGUCGCCACCGGCGAAAACGCAGAGAGCGUCGUCCCGGACAUCCCAGGUCUCGACAGCUUCGCCGGCGAGGUGACCCACGUCAGCGACUACAAGUCCGGCGAGGCCUACCGCGGCAAGCGCGUGCUCGUCAUCGGCUGCGGAAACUCCGGCAUGGAGGUCUCCCUCGAUCUCUGCGACCACGGCGCCCGCCCGGCCAUGGUGGUGCGCGACGCCGUGCAUGUCCUCCCCCGUGAGGUCCUCGGCAAAUCCACCUUCGAGCUAGCCGUGCUCCUCAUGCGCUGGCUCCCGCUAUGGAUCGUCGACAAGAUCAUGGUCCUCCUCGCCUGGCUCGUCCUCGGCAAUCUCGACAAGAUCGGCCUCCGCCGCCCCGCCGCCGGCCCUCUCGAGCUCAAGGAGACCCACGGCCGCACCCCAGUGCUCGACUACGGCGCGCUCGCUCACAUCCGUGCCGGCGACAUCGCUGUCGUCCCCGCCGUCACACGCUUCACCAAGAACCAAGUUGAGCUCGCCGACGGCCGCGCACUCAACUUCGACGCCGUUGUCCUCGCCACCGGCUACCGCAGCAACGUACCCCAAUGGCUCCAGGGCAAUGAUUUCUUCAACAAGGACGGAUACCCCAAGACGGCCUUCCCCCACGGGUGGAAGGGCCAGUCCAGCCUCUACGCUGUCGGCUUCACCCGGCGCGGGCUCUCGGGCGCCUCCGCGGACGCCGUGCGCAUCGCCAAGGACCUCGGCAACGCGUGGAGGGAGGAGACGAAGCCCACCAAGAGGGCCGGCGCGUGCCACAGGCGGUGCAUCUCCGUCGUCUUCUAAUCUGAUCAGCUGAUGGAGCCUAACUAACUGAAGCACACACAAACAAAUACAGUUGUUAAUGGUGUUUUAGUCAGCCAGUCCAAUCCCCUUGGUUAAUUUGUUCUUUGCAUGGCUAAGUAGUAGUCAAAUGGUGUUGUUAAAUAGGUUAUACAGUAAUUACAGUGAGAGUGAGUGUGAGUCAAUCAAAAAGGAAGAACUGAAGCCCUCCCGUCAGCAGGGAAGUGAGUGAAUGAGUGAGUGAGCCCUAGGGGAUUUUUACUGCAGCUAAGGGCGCUAGCUUAACUUGGUGUAUAGCACCUGAUGAUGGAAGAUGAGGCUCUUUCUUUUUGUCAUUGACCUUCUUAAUUGUUUCUUUUUUUCUAUAUACUCUUCUAGUGUAGUGCACUACUACACAUUGUAGCAGUAGUGGUAGAAGGGUUUCCUUAGCUAAUUAGAGCAUCUUGUUGUAACAUUUUUGUUUCUUAUCUUUGUGUAACUCUUUACUUGAGAGUGAAUAUAUAU